CUUUAAGCACGAUUCUGAAAUCUGAAUUCUGAAUUCAAACGGACGUCGGACGGUCGAACGCAUGUCGGACGCGUAUUUACCAGUCGAUUUCAGCAUCACAUCACGUCAAACGGUCCAAGCUUAACCAAACCAACACUGACCCGAGAGUCCCGAGACCCGAACCGUCGAGACGAGAGCGUCGUCUUCGAGAGUGUGAAUACUCCGAUUCCGAGACAUCCUACAGUCUGUCUGCGACGUUGUUUUCCGCGUGUACUUCUUUAACCAUCGGAAGAAAGAGAGAGUCAAUAGUUGCGAAGAAGUCGAGGAGACAACUUUAUUCGGAUUGUGCGUACUAAUUCAGGCUUGCACAGGUACUUGGUCUCAAAGCCAUGGCCAACGUAUCGCUCGACAAGGAGAUCUUCUUCAGGCGCAUCAAACGCCUGUACAGCGCUUGGAAGGAUGGAGAGGCCGGUACGGGUGACAGCUUCAGCAAGGUGGACUGCAUUGUCUCGAUCGUCGGUGCCGACGAGGAUGUCGUUUAUAGCAAGUCCACUGCUCUACAGACAUGGCUAAUCAAUUACGAACUACCCGACACUGUGAUGAUUAUGGCGGAAAACAACAUCCACUUCCUUGCCAGCAAGAAAAAAAUAGAGUUUCUGAGAAAACUUGAAGAUGCAAAAUCUGAUGACACAGGAGUCCCCCCCGUUAAACUUCAUAUCAGAGACAGAUCUGAUGAAGACAAAGCUAAUUUUGCCAAACUAAUGGAUGCCAUCAAAGACAGUAAAAAAGGUAAAACAAUUGGAAUAUUCGCCAAGGAUAACUACAAGUCCAACUUUGCAGAAGCAUGGAAAGCAGCUAUCAAGAAAGAAAACUUUGACUCUGUUGAUGUGAGUGCUGGUGUUGCCUAUGUUAUGGCUCCAAAAGAAGAUUCGGAAAUUCUUACAAUUAAAAAAGCAUGUUUAGUAUCCGUUGAUUUGUUUACUAAAUAUCUUAAAGAUCAGAUUUUGGAGAUCAUUGACAAUGACAAAAAAGUAAAACACGUAAAAUUGGCGGAUGGAGUUGACGCUGCCAUCAAUGAUAAAAAAUAUGUUACCGGAGUUGAUACUGCUCAAGUAGAUAUGUGCUAUCCUGCUAUUAUUCAAAGUGGUGGCUCUUAUUCUUUGAAGUUCAGUGCCGUUAGUGAUAACAGUAUACUCCAUUUUGGUGUCAUUAUUUGCUCUUUAGGAGCUCGUUACAAGGGAUAUUGUUCAAACAUUGUUAGGACUUUAUUAGUCAAUCCAACAAAAGCGAUUGAAGAAAAUUAUAACUUCUUGCUUCAAGUUGAGGAAGAAAUUUUGAAAAAAUUAACUGCUGGCACUAAGUUGAGUGACGUGUAUGAAGCUGCUCUCAAAUUUGUCAAAGAUGAAAAACCAAAAAUGAUGGACCAUCUUACCAAAAAUUUUGGAUUUGCCAUGGGUAUUGAGUUUAGAGAAAGCUCUUUGCUUUUAGGACCUAAAACUAAUUCUGUUGUUAAGAAAGGGAUGGUAUUUAAUGUAAAUGUUGGUCUUUCAAAUCUUACCAACUCAGAAACAACAGAAAAAGAAUCAAAGACAUAUGCUUUGUUCAUCGGUGACACAGUUAUAGUUAACGAGGACCAACCAGCUUCUAUACUAACCCCAUCAAAGAAAAAAGUAAAAAACAUCGGAAUAUUCCUUAAAGAUGAUGAAGAAGACGAAGAAGACAGUGGAAAGGAAAAUGAACCAAAGCCUGAAAUCCUUGGAAGAGGCAAAAGAACAGCUGUCAUUGAGUCGAAGCUAAGAACUGAACAUAGCUCUGAAGAAAAGAGAAAACAGCAUCAAAAAGAAUUAGCUCAACAACUUAAUGAACAAGCCAAGGCUCGUCUUGCUCAACAAUCCAGUGGCAAAGAAGAGGAAAAAAUUCGUAAAUCCACUGUUUCUUAUAAAAGCAUCAAUAGCAUGCCCACUGAUUCAGAAGUUAAAGAACUGAAAUUAUUUGUUGAUAAGAAAUACGAGACUGUAAUUCUGCCUAUUCAUGGUGUACCAGUACCCUUUCACAUUUCCACGAUCAAAAAUAUUUCCCAAUCUGUUGAAGGCGAUUAUACUUAUCUUAGGAUUAACUUUUUCCAUCCCGGAGCAACUAUGGGACGAAACGAGGGAGGCGUUUAUCCUCAACCUGAUGCGACAUUUGUCAAAGAAGUAACCUAUCGGAGCACAAAUACAAAAGAGCCAGGUGAAAUUUCGGCGCCAUCGUCAAACUUGAACACUGCCUUCAGACUUAUUAAAGAAGUACAAAAGAAAUUUAAAAGUAGAGAGGCAGAAGAGCGUGAAAAGGAAGAUCUUGUUAAACAAGAUACCUUGGUUUUGUCGCAAAACAAAGGAAAUCCCAGGUUAAAGGACCUGUACAUCAGGCCAAAUAUUGUUAGCAAAAGAAUGACAGGGGCACUCGAGGCACAUACAAACGGAUUCCGUUAUACAUCUGUCAGAGGCGACAAAGUCGACAUCCUUUACAAUAAUAUUAAAAAUGCUUUCUUCCAACCUUGCGACGGCGAGAUGAUCAUCUUGCUUCACUUCCAUUUAAAACAUGCCAUUAUGUUUGGCAAGAAGAAGCAUGUAGAUGUGCAGUUUUACACAGAGGUGGGAGAAAUCACCACAGACUUGGGUAAACAUCAACACAUGCACGAUCGUGAUGAUCUAGCUGCCGAACAAUCUGAAAGAGAGCUAAGACACAAAUUGAAGACUGCCUUUAAAAGCUUCUGCGAAAAAGUAGAAACCAUGACUAAGCAGGAAAUUGAGUUUGAUACGCCAUUCAGAGAACUCGGUUUCCCUGGAGCGCCUUACAGAAGUACUGUUUUACUGCAGCCCACAAGUGGUUGUCUUGUAAACCUCGUUGAAUGGCCUCCAUUUGUCAUUACGCUUGAAGAUGUUGAACUGGUACAUUUUGAAAGAGUGCAGUUCCACUUGAAGAAUUUUGAUAUGAUUUUUGUAUUUAAAAAUUACCAUCGCAAAGUAGCAAUGGUAAAUGCUAUUCCCAUGAACAUGCUGGAUCAUGUUAAAGAAUGGCUUAACUCUUGCGAUAUCAGAUACUCAGAGGGUGUCCAAUCUUUAAAUUGGACCAAAAUUAUGAAAACUAUUACCGAAGACUCAGAAGGAUUUUUCGAAAACGGUGGCUGGACUUUCUUAGACCCCGAGAGCGAUGCUGAGGGUGAAGCAGAAGAUGAUGAGGAUGAAGAGGAAGAUGAUGCUUAUGAGCCGUCUGAUUCUGGUGCUGAAGAAGAUUCAGAAGACGAUUCCGAUUACUCAGAAGCAUCUGAAGAUUCCGACAGUGACGGAGAAGAACUGGGAAGUUCGGAAGAAUCUGGUAAAGAUUGGUCGGAUCUUGAAAGAGAAGCAGCUGAAGAGGAUAAGGAAAAAGAAGUUGAUUACGAUGAUUUUGGCAAGGUCAAAAACGACAAGCAUUCUUCGAAAGAUAGGCAUGCAUCUAAACAUAAAAGUUCUUCGAGUUCAAGGAGCAAAAGUUCGCAUCAUAGCAAGGAUAAGGGCAGGUCGGAUAGGCACAGAUCGGAUCGAUCGAAGCAUGAGAAGUCACAUAAGAAAGUGUCAUCUCCUUCAAAAUCAUCCAAACACAGCCCAAAAAAAAGCGACAAACACAGCAGUAGUAGCAGCAAACACAAAUCAUCACACUCGUCCAGCAAUGACAAAAAGCGUUCUCGAGGCACCAGUUCUGACAGGCACAGCUCUAAAAAAUCCAGAAAAUAAAUUCAACGUGAACACCUAAUACUUGCAAAAACACGUGAAAGCAACUAAUACCUAUGGUACAAGCAGACUUUCAAUUCAUAUUUUUUAUCAUUGAAUACGUGAUUUUAAUUUUUCUGCGUCAGUGUACAAGAAUUCAAUUAAGAAAUUAUCUUAUCUUUCAAAUAAAAUCAGUGUCUACUGUUGUAACUUUA